AAGUGGCGAUCAGCUGACUGAAAUGUUGACAAGGCACGUUGCUGAAGCGACAACACCUCGGCAAUGAGUUGCUGGUCAGAUUCUUCCAGGCGGUGGUAGAUGUUUCCUUCAGGGAGAGUGUGUAGCGGUACAGUCUGAUUCUGGCUCGUUGUGGCUGCAUAAUAUCAGCCAGUGUUGAUGUUUGACUGUGAUCCAUGUAAAGGGGGACACCAGAAACCAUUCCUGCCAGUAUGGACAUCCAGAACGAGAGGAGGAGGCUGCUGGACGCGGAGGACGGGGACGAUGACCCGACUGGACUCAUGUCUGAGCAGGAGGCUUACCUCAGUAAAGUGAGGAACACUAAGCUGUACCUGGCCACGUUUGCGUCCGUCCUGGGUCCGAUGAGCUUCGGCUUCGUGUUGGGCUACAGCUCGCCCGUCAUCCCGGAGCUCACGGGGCCCGGCGCCGAGCCGCGGCUGAGGCUGGACGCCAACCAGGCGUCCUGGUUCGGGUCCAUAGUGACGGUGGGCGCGGCGGCCGGCGGGCUGCUGGGCGGCUGGAUGGUGGAGAAGGUCGGCAGGAAGCUCAGCCUGAUGUUCUGCUCGCUGCCCUUCGUCUUCGGCUUCACCAUCAUCAUCGCGGCGCAGAACGUGUGGAUGCUGUACGCCGGCCGGCUGCUCACCGGCCUCGCCAGCGGCGUCACCUCGCUGGUCGUCCCGCUGUAUAUCUCUGAGAUGGCUCAUGAACGGGUGCGCGGGACGCUCGGCUCCUGCGUGCAGCUCAUGGUGGUGCUCGGCAUCAUGGGAGUUUACCUGGCAGGUCUGUACCUGGACUGGCGCUGGCUGGCGAUCUGCAGCUCCAUCCCUCCGACGCUGCUGAUGGUCUGCAUGUGCUUCAUGCCGGAGACGCCGCGCUACCUGCUGUCGAAGGGCAGGAGGCGCGAGGCCGAGGAGGCGCUGCGCUUCCUGCGGGGGCCGGACGCCCCCGUGGAGUGGGAGUGCGCCCGCAUCGAGGACGCCUGUGAGGAGCAGGGCUCCAGUCUCCAGAUGUCGGACCUGAAGGACCCCGGGGUCUACAAGCCUCUGGUGAUCGGCGUGAUGCUGAUGGUGUUCCAGCAGAUGACGGGGAUCAACGCCAUCAUGUUCUACGCCGAGAGCAUCUUCCAACAGGCUCAUUUUAAGGAGAGCGACCUGGCCUCGGUGAUCGUGGGUCUGAUUCAGGUCGUCUUCACUGGAGUGGCGGCGAUGAUCAUGGACCGAGCUGGAAGAAAAGUCCUGCUCAUCAUCUCAGGUGUUGCCAUGGCGAUCAGCACCACAACGUUCGGGGUUUACUUCAACCUGAUGGCGCAGCCUCACGGCGCUGCCUCACUCAGCAGCCUGGCGCUGGACGUGCAGAGCGCCGUCGGCGAGGAGCCCCACGCCGACCUGGCCUGGCUCGCCCUCGCCAGCAUGGCCGUCUUCAUCACAGGCUUCGCUCUGGGCUGGGGUCCCAUCCCGUGGCUGGUCAUGUCGGAGAUCUUCCCCUCCAAGGUGAGAGGAGUGGCCAGCGCCGUGUGCGUCCUCACCAACUGGAGCAUGGCCUUCCUCGUCACCAAAACCUUCCAAGACAUGAUGAGUCUCCUCACCAGCGCUGGAACCUUCUGGCUCUUCGCCUCCAUGUGCAUCGCCAACCUCGUCUUCACCAUCGCCUUCGUCCCAGAGACGAAGGGCAAGACGCUGGAGCAGAUCGAAGCCAUUUUCAGAGGGACGUCAGGUCCUUGAACCGGACGGAGCGUGGGACACCGUGUGGGCAUUUAAAAUAUCUUUAUCAAGCUUAUAACGCUAUAAACUGAUUGACACUUUCUUAUGAUUAGAUUUUAUGACAGAAACGUUAAAACCUACAGCGGAAUAAUCGAGCAAUAAAUCCUCUCUUCUUCAUGUUAGAACUAGUUUUAUAGGGUGAUGGUUUGGGGAGAUGCAGUUUGUGGUGCUGUUGAACUGGUUUACUUUUUAAUAUUUUUUCCAUUCCACACAUAUCUGAGAGCCCUGAGAGCUCACAGCGCUGCAACUUAAGAAAACACAUGAAAAUACACAAAACACGAGCAAAGUGAGAAAACAUCUUAUAAUCUGACAACACGGCAUUGAGAGAACGCUGCAAAGACCACAACGCAAUAGAAGUGUUUCCAGAGGACACUUUAAAGUGAUGCACCCGUCUGGACACGUGUGCAUCACGUUAUUUCAAGAUAAUGAUAAUUUCACGCUAUAAUUUCAAUCAUAGCGUGCUAACAUUAACGGCUAAUCGAUAGCCUGCUAACGUUAGCCGGCUAUCGAUAGCAUGUUACUGUUAGCCGGCUAUCGAUAGCAUGUUACUGUUAGCCGGCUAUCGAUAGCAUGUUACUGUUAGCAGGCUAUCGAUAGCAUGUUACUGUUAGCCGGCUAUUGAUAGCAUGUUACUGUUAGCAGGCUAUCGAUAGCAUGUUACUGUUAGCCGGCUAUUGAUAGCAUGUUACUGUUAGCAGGCUAUCGAUAGCAUGUUACUGUUAGCCGGUGAUCGAUUGCCUGUUAACGUUAGCUGGUGAUCGAUCGCAUGUUAACGUUAGCGGCCGAUCAAUAGCAUGUUAACGUUUGCGGCCGAUCGAUAGCAUGUUAACGUUAGCGGCCGAUCGAUAGCAUGUUAACGUUAGCGGCCGAUCAAUAGCAUGUUAAUGUUAGCGGCUGAACAUGAUGUGCUAGUGUUAGCCGGCGAUCGAUAGUGUGCUAGCGGUAGCGGGCUAGCACGACCAAGACCAACUCGAUUCGGUUGAGAGAGACCAACUGCAACUUGUAUCAUUUAUUUGAUUUGUUUAACUGCAAUGUGAUUGAUACGGGCUAGCGGGCUAACGCAAUAUAUCACAUUUUAACAUUUAAAUAUCAUUAUCAUGAAGUAACGUGAUAGUUUCACAUUGUAACGUUAUAACGUGAAAUCGUGUGCAUCACUUUUAAGUGUCCUCUGGAAACACUUCUGUUGUGUUGUGGUCUUUGCAGCGUUUUCUAAAUGCUGCGCUUGUGUUGUCAGAUUGAUGAAGAUGUUUUCUCAGUUUGCUUGUGUUUUGUGUAUUUACAUGUGUUUUCUUAAGUUGCAGCGCUGUGAGCUCUCAGGGCCACCGUACAUAUCAGCCAGGUCAGACUAGACUGGCAGCUUGGUGUGAAUCAUCUGUUUCUGACUGAUGUCUGACAUGAACCUGGUGAUCAGGCCUUUAAGGACAGUUUCGUGCAGGUCAAACAUUUAAUUUAUAUCGUCUCUCAGUGAGCAGAUUCAUCAGCAUCUUGCUCAAUAAAACUUUCACUGGAUGGGACACACGCACAUACAUUUUUCAUCACUUGUAACUGCUCUCUGCCUCGUCUCAAGGUCAUAAUAAUGUUACUGCAUUAAAAAAACGUUUGCAUCCAGUUCCGAUCAUCCAUGUAGAACAAUCUAAAUGUUACAUUUGCACUAAGGUUUCCAAAAUAAGAGCAUGAGGAGCAGACACUUCUGUCUGGAGAGAAGAAAAAUAGUUGCGCACUUCUUGUUCAUUUUAAUGCCUGGUACAACUAAAGGUACAUUUGUUUGGACAAAUAUAAUGAUAAGAAAGAAAAAACGUGUGAUCUAAUCAUUUUUUUUUCUGUCCUGUGAGAACCAAAAAAGAUCUUUGAAAAUAAAUAAACAUAAGUGCCUAAACUUCUUUAAAAAAAAAAAGAUCUAAAAAUCGUACAUACAUUUUUUUCUGUCCUGCUAGAACCACAGCUGUUUUUGUGACACAAAAAGGGUUUUCUAUUUGUCCUAAAAAAUCUUUCAAAAAACAUAAAACUAAAUUAAAGACAAAAAAAACUUAAUGAAUAAAAGCACAAAGGUCUAAAAACGUGUUAAAAUAAAGGAUUUAUUUAAAAUAAUGACCCUGAAAAGUCUUGAAUUAAAGACCUGAGACUUAUAACUCAUAACCAGUUAAGAUCUCUUUGAAGUUGCUUUAAUAAACCAUAGUUGCAGUUUUGUAACCAAAAUCAUUAUAAAGAAAUCCAUGUUAAAUGUCUAGAUAUCAGCUCUUAAAGAAAACUCUUAUCAGCUAUUUUUGUUGUUAUCAUCAUUUUCGUCCAAACAAAUGUCCCUUUAGUUGAAACAGACAUUAAAAUGAACAAGAAACUGAAGAAAAAGGGUGGUCUAAUAUUUUUUUCCAUGACUGUAUGUUAAAAUAAUUUACCAGCGUUUCAACACAACAGGUAUUGGAGGGUACUGAAAUUAUUAACAUCCUGAAAAAGUGCAAUGUGGCUACAAGUGUGCAACUAUUCUUUCAUCACAUUCACCUUUGCACUGAGAACAAAAUAGGUAGAACAGCAGCAGAGAGAAAAAGAGAAAUGAGCUGCAGGUCCUGACUGACGGAGAAAAACCUGUAUUUGGGGUUUAAUGUCCCCGUGUGUCUUUAGUUACUCUCUGUAACUGUGUGUGUCUGCUAGUGCUGAUCCUUGGUAAUUGGACUGUUUUUGCACGGUCAUUUGCAUAGAAAGGUGUGCCAAAUAUAUGCAUACUACGUCUUUUAAAUAUAUGCAAAUAUCAGCGGAGCACAAAGACACUAUUUCCUGGCAGCACGGUGAACCGUGCAUCUGAUCCUUUGCAGGUGCUUUGAGAAUCACACAGUUACCUUUUGUCUUAUUUGUGCAGAAGCUGUGCAAGUUUUUUGUGAAUUCUCCUCACUGUGCUCCUGUAAGAAAACCCUCCACUGCCCCCUGCAGGUCUCACUGCUGUCAAUAGACACAUUUACUUCUUCAUUGUAUGUUUAAAAUGUCCUUCACUGCCUCAGAAAAUCAUGUAUAUAGUCAAACUUGUAUAUUCUUGAAGGUUUGGGAUUCUUUACUGUGAAAUAUCAGAGUGAAACUGGUGUUAAAGAGAAAAGAGGCUGUGCAAAGCUUGAACAAAUGUCAGGUACAAUGGAUUUCCAGAACAAAGAAAUAAAAGAAAAAUCAAAAUGUUGACACUGCUGCAGCAUAAAUCCACUUUUUCACUGUUCAUCCAUAUUUCACAUUUCACCAGCUAUGGUUUAAACACAGCAUCUGUUCUAAUCUGCAAGUUGAAAUUGUCUGAAAAAGAUGUUAGCUUUUUUACACUGAAAAUAUGUUGGGUCAGGAAAAAAUAAUACUCUAAAAAACAUUUCCUAUUCUACUUGUGUUGGGAACUCAGAGACUCUUUGAAAAAAUAAGUUAUUCAAAGAGUUUUGCAGGUACUUUUGAGGAGCGAAUGCACCACGAAGUGAAUGCUGUCUGCUGUUUACACUGUUUAAAAACACAGUUUACAUUAUCAGAGAAAUUAAGUGAAAUUAAACAGAUUCUGUGAAGUGUCUUUUAUAAAACAUCGGACAACAACAUAAUGAAAACUGUCAACUGUAAACUCUCAUUAAAUAAAGAACACAGGUAUGUCUUUGUAGCUUUUUUUGUAAUAAUUUCUUGUAAGUUUCUUGUAAAGGAAAUGUUUUGAAACUUAUUAUUUCACUUGUUGGGAUUGUGAUGAUGUUUGAUUUCAUGCUCCAUGAGAAAUAACUUAUCUGGAGAAAUAAAAAACUGAUUUUUUAAAAAAC